AUGGAUUAUGAACAACUGAAGGAGUCGUGGGGUGAGGUGGAGGAUCGCGAUGGAGUUCGGCUGAGUUGGAAUGUGUUCCCAAGCACUCGCAUGGAGGCUUCGAGAUUGGUCGUCCCCAUCGGUGCUCUGUAUACCCCUCUGAAGGAGAAGCCCGACACACCUUUGCUGCAGUUUGAGCCUGACAGCCAGGUCGACACCCGCGCCCGCCUUUGGAUCUGCCCCUUUUGCCUUUCCAGAAACCCCCUCCCGCCGCAUUACAAGGAUAUCACGGCCAAUGCCAUCCCACCUGAGCUUCAUCCCGCCAACACAACUAUCGAGUAUAGACUUUCACGACCAGCCCCGAGCGCUCCGAUUUUCCUUUAUGUCGUCGAUACGUGCCAGGAGGAGGACAGCUUGGCUGCUCUCAAGGAGUCCCUGAUCAUGAGUCUGAGCCUUCUCCCUGAGAAUGCUCUUGUUGGUUUGAUCACAUAUGGAACGAUGGCCCAGGUUCACGAGAUUGGAUACACCGAGUGCGCAAAGUCUUACGUUUUCCGCGGCAGCAAGGAGUAUGCUGCUAAGCAGGUGCAGGAGAUGCUCGGCCUCACCGCCCCUGCCCUUCGCCCUGGCGUGCCUCCUCACCAGCAGACCAGAGCUUUCCCAACCGGUCCCGCCGCCCGCUUCCUCCUCCCUGUCGCCCAGGCCGAAUUUCAGUUGACAAAGGCGCUCGAGCAGUUGCAGAAGGACCCAUGGCCUGUUGCCAGCGAUCGCAGAAACUUGCGCUGCACUGGUGUUGCUCUCUCUGUGGCUGUCGGUCUGCUCGAGACCUCUUUCCAGAAUGCUGGCGGCCGUAUCAUGCUGUUCGCUGGUGGUCCGGCCACGGAGGGCCCCGGAAUGGUGGUUGGCCCUGAGCUGAGAGAGCCUAUUCGGUCGCAUCACGACAUUGACCGUGACAACAUCAAGUACUACAAGAAGGCGCUGAAGUUCUACGACAACCUUGCUAAGAGGACAGCUCACAACGGCCACACUAUCGAUAUUUUUGCUGGUUGUCUUGAUCAGGUUGGUUUGCUGGAGAUGAAGGGGCUUUGCAACUCGACCGGCGGGCACAUGAUCUUGACCGAUAGUUUCACAUCGUCCAUGUUCAAGCAAUCCUUCAUCCGAAUCUUCGAAAAGGACGCCGACGAUAACCUCCUGAUGGGCUUCAACGCGGUUCUCGAAGUUUUGACUACAAAGGAGCUCAAGGUCACUGGUCUCAUUGGCCACGCUGUGUCUCUGAACAAGAAGUCGACUUCGGUGGGUGAGACUGAGUGCGGUAUUGGCAAUACUUGCUCGUGGAAAAUGUGCGGCAUUGACCCCAAUGCCAGUUACGGAAUCUACUUUGAGAUUGCUCAGGGCGGCCCCUCGCAACCCCAACAAGCGGCUCAAAGGGGUAUGAUUCAGUUCCUCACAUACUACCAGCACUCGUCUGGUCAGUUCCACCUCCGUGUCACCACCAUCGCCCGCGACCUUAGCGGUCCAGCCGGUGAUCCGGCGAUUGCCCGGUCGUUUGAUCAGGAGGCCGCCGCUGUGCUGAUGUCCCGUAUUGCGGUUUUCAAGGCGGAAACCGAUGAUGGACCGGAUGUCCUCCGCUGGGUCGACAGGAUGCUUAUCAGACUGUGCUCGCGCUUUGCCGACUAUCGCAAGGACGACCCUUCGUCUUUCCGCCUCGAGAAGAACUUCACGCUUUACCCACAGUUCAUGUUCCACUUGAGGAGAAGUCAGUUCUUGCAAGUGUUCAACAACUCGCCUGAUGAGACAGCUUUCUAUCGCCAUGUUCUUAACCAUGAGGACGUUAGCAACUCCCUCAUCAUGAUUCAACCCACACUCGAUUCAUACACUUUCGACCAGGAGGGCGGUCAACCAGUGCUUCUGGACUCGACCUCUAUCCAGCCAACACACAUUCUCCUCCUCGAUACGUUCUUCCACAUUCUCAUCUUCCACGGUGAAACCAUUGCAGAAUGGAGAAAGGCGGGUUAUCAGGACCAGGAGGGCUACGAGAAUUUUGCCGCUCUCCUGGAGGCUCCCAAGGAGGACGCCAGGGACCUCAUCACGGAUCGUUUCCCUCUCCCACGUUUCAUUGUUUGCGACCACGGCGGCUCCCAGGCUCGUUUCCUCCUCUCCAAGCUCAAUCCCUCCACCACUCACACAUCAGGAGCUGGAGCGUACGGCGGUGUCGGAGCCCAGAGCGCGCAGACCAUCUUCACGGACGAUGUGUCUCUCCAAACCUUUAUGGAGCACUUGAUGAAGCUGGCGGUGAGCGGGACAAACUAGUGUGGUUGUUAGAGUGUGAGAGGGUAAUUCAGCCGAACCCGGGAUUUACUCAUUACUAGAAAGAUGGUUUGUGAUUUGUUUAGCGUAGUGUUACGGAAUCUAUACCAGAGAAAACGGCGUUUUUGGAAACAUGUGAUGUGCCUUUUGAUGUCAGUUGAGGCAGGGGUGGAAGCGUUGCACAGUAUGUGAUCUCGAUAAUUGAAAUAUUUCUCAGUAUCGAAAGCAGAUAUUUCCCAUUCCUUUGCA